AUGAAGACUGAGCGCAUCAAUUAUGAUCUGUUGUUUAUGUCUGCAGCAUACAUAAAUCACAAAUUUGUUGCGGAAUCUCAAGCACGAUCUGUAAAGUCAUCAUGUCUUCGACGAUGCCAUCGCUUAGCUGAAAAAACCGCCAGUUCAAAGAAAAGAACUACACCUUUGGAGCCUAGCCUCGUUUAUCAAAAACGAAUUCGAUUUCAGUCUUUGUUUAGUCAACCGCAAAUUCAUCGAUCAAUUUUGGCACCUGACCAACUGUCCCUAUGUCUUUCUGACCUGCAGGUAUUCCCCUCGUGUUAUGAGCUUUGCAAGGCAAGGAAAGUGGCAGACCAACGAGGCCUAACUGCACCUUUCUCUACCAAACAGCGCAUUCGAAAGGCAUUGAAAGCCAUUCCUGAGUGCUCAGUGUCUUCACCAAAUCAAAAAGUGGACUGGACCCCAAGAGAGGUGAACGUGACCUUUGGACAGUAUAAAAACACCAGUCAUUGGUACGCGAACAUAUCUUGGACACCUUUGAAUGAAACUUAUGGAAACUGGUCUGGUAUCGUGGUUAAACUUGCAGUAAAAAAUGCCCACCCUGAAGUGAAAGGCUUAAAUCCAGCAACUUGUUCUCAGCAUCCGAAGAAUCAAACAUUUCUUCAAGUUAAUCUCUCUUCCUAUGGAUAUAUUUUUCCAGAUAUUAUUUAUCUAAGGAUUGUUGCUCUUCCUUACUCUCCAAAAGAGGACUCCUCAGAUGUACAGUCAUUUAAACCACCUGUUCCAACGUCACGCACGCUUGUAGAAGAUACGACAGCGGGUUUCCUACCCACAGCGUCAACAAACUCUUCAAAAUUCAGUUGUGUACGGCACGAGUUUGGAGAAUACGAGUGGCAUCCCAAAAACAUCAAUGGACAUUUUUCCAAACGAAGUAACGGAGAAUGGGUUGUCAACAUUUCGUGGACACCUUUUAAAAAUGCCUCUUUCAACUGGACUAGCUACUACAUUCAAAGGGGUAUCGGCGGAAAUCAAAAGAAUGUCCUCAAAUUACAGUGUUUCAAAUUACCAAAGAACCAGACAUAUUUCAUCUUGGAUUAUGCCACUUAUGGUUGGAAAUAUCCUGAGCGAAUUGACGUCGCGGUGACUGCCUAUCCAUUCCCCAAACAUCUAGAUAUGUAUGCAAUGUCUCAUAUUACUCGAAAAAAAGAAGUUUCUAUUCCGGCAGCGACAGCAUCAUCGCCAACUUCAAGAACACUUGAGGUUGUAUUUUCUUCCGUUGGAGGUACGUUUUUUCUUGGGCUGUUCGCUUUGGUGUUGUAUCGAAAAUGUCGUAAGCCGCCAUCUUCAGUUACCAGGGAGACUGUAAGAAGAGCUUUUAAGUACCACGCAUUCAUAAUCUACAGCACGACAGAAUCUGAAUGGGUCAACAACGUCCUACUUUCGACGCUACAGAGCAACGGGUUUAGAUGCUGCAUACAUUGGAAAGAUUUUCAACCCGGCUCAGUGUUUGCUCAGAGCAUUGUUGAUAGUGUUCAUGAUAGCUACAAGAUCAUUGCUGUCGUAUCGGAGAGUUUUGUUCAAAAAAGCAUUUGCGGAUUUGAGAUAAACCACGCCAUAACACGAUUGAUGAACGAGGGCGAUGAUUGCUUGAUUAUAAUCAAAUACGACAAUGUGGAUCUCAAAGUCCAUUUGCCAUCUCUCUUGGAUAGGAGUUACAUUGACCUACCGAACGAAACUGACAGAUCGACAUGGGAGUCUAGGGUUAUAAGUGUUCUUCAAGAGGCAAUUAUCGAGGAGGAAGCCAGUGUUCAGAGUGAAGAGCACUCCAACAAUAAUUACGAACAUGACGGAAAUUCUUCGAGUGAUGACAGUUCACAGGAGUUAACGUGUUACUGUCAGUCACGUGGGUUGAUCACCACCCAUGAAACGCAUAGCGCCUGUAGGAGCUAAAGGACCAUAAUUUACCUGAUCCCCCCCUAGACUUUGUAAUAUUCUUAGGAUCCUCCCCCUCCACCCCCCCCCCUCAUUCGCCGUCAAUUUUCUGUCGUUCCCCCUGUUGUUGCAGUCUGAUUGGCUCUUGUCUAUGUGAUUUGUCCUACAGUCGCAUCAUUUUCUGAUCUUAAUCGAAAUUUUUUCCUAGCCACUAAAAAAGAACAACCAGUCCGAUUUCAAGGCUUAUCUAAAGUAAUCAAUCAAAUUUUAGGAAACUGAAAGACAACGUUAGCAACUUUUUUUACACACCAGCCCAGUACUGGAUCAAUAAAAUAUAUGUACAGACUAAAAAGUCAUGUA